CCCCCCCCCCCCAUUACACACUCCUUGAUCUUCCCCUUAAUGGAUUCCCGGGACGCCCCGCCGCAGCAGCAGCCUCCGCCUCAGCAACCCAACAUGAUGGUGGGCCCCAAUUCCUACCCUUCCCCCAUGGCCAACCCCAACAACAACAACAACGCCACCGCCACCGCCAACAGCAACAACAACUCCUCGGCCGCGAUGUUGGGCGGCGGCGGGCCGAAUUCGGGUCGGUUCCAGUUCAACACGGUGGCCCAGCAGCCCGCAUCGAAGCCGCAGCCGCUCGAUUCCAUGAGCCCGAGCCCGUUCGACGGAUCGUUGAGGCCGUGCGGCGGCGGGUUUAGCAUCGACUCUUCUACGGCCUCGGCGGGGAAGAAGAAGCGGGGCAGGCCCAGAAAGUACUCCCCUGAUGGCAACAUUGCAUUGGGAUUGGCGCCAACUCAGAUUCCUGCCUCGGCUCCCGUUGCGGCCGCCGCCGGCCCCCACGGAGAAUCGAGCGGCACCAUGUCGUCGGAUCCCCCUGCCAAGAAGAACAGGGGGCGCCCGCCGGGCUCCGGAAAGAAGCAGCUCGACGCUUUGGGAGCUGGUGGAGUUGGGUUCACGCCUCAUGUCAUUAUGGUGCAAGCCGGCGAGGAUAUAGCAUCAAAGGUUAUGUCCUUUUCACAGCAAGGACCACGCACAGUUUGUAUCCUUUCUGCAAAUGGUCCAAUUGGCAAUGUUACCCUUCGCCAGCCAUCAAUGUCUGGUGGUACAGUCACAUAUGAGGGUCGAUUUGAGAUUAUUUCUCUGUCAGGCUCCUACUUGUUCUCUGAAAAUAAUGGUAACCGCAGCAGAACUGGUGGUUUGAGUGUGUCCCUGGCAGGGUCUGAUGGUUCAGUGCUGGGCGGUGGAGUUGCGGGCAUGCUAUUGGCAGCAGGCCCCGUACAGGUGAUUGUGGGUAGUUUUAUUGCGGAAGGGAAAAAAUCUAGCUCCAAUUUGCUAAAAUCUGGGCCUUCUUCUCCACCACCAUCUCAAAUGUUGAACUUUGGUGCACCUAUGACAGCAGCUAGCCCUUCCUCUCAAGGAGGAGGCUCAACUGAGUCGUCUGAUGAGAAUGGUAGUAGCCCUCUUAACAAGGCGCCACCUGUGCUUUACAGUAACCCUAGUCAACCCAUGCAUAAUAUCACGAUGUACCAACAAUUAUGGGCCGGGCAAACUCAACAGUGAAGAUCAUGCUUCUCAGUUACAUUAGUACAGCGCAUUGGAGUAUUUGACUUCAUUAUUCUUCUUAGUGGAUAUAGGGGUCAGAAUCCAAAUGCUAACAUGCAUUGCCCAAAAUAACUCAGAGGGGCGUUUAUGCUAGUUCUAGAUUGGUUUUUUCUUUAUUUCGUUUAAGGUAGUUAACAUUUUUUCUUCCCUCCAUAUGAUGAUUAAAACAUGGCUAUGUUGAUAGCUGAUAAUAUGCCACCUGUUAGGUUCUCAUGAGUUAAAAUUGCUUCUUUGUUA